UGAGAGAGAGAGAGUCCAGGCCCAAAUAAAGCCAUGGGGGCCGGGGCUGGGCUGGGCCCCCCACUGCUAUAAAUACGCUGGCCGUCUGGAGGUUCGGGUUUGGUGGUUGGGGCUUGGGACCAGUCACCACCUCUGCUGCAGCAGUCUUCCUCAGGAGCGUCUCCUCUUUGUACUCCUCAUCCUCCUCCACCUCACUCUGGUCAUCGUUGCUCUGGGCUGCCAAGAUGCCUCGCGUGGACUCAGACAUCAAGCUGGACUUUAAGGAUGUCCUCUUCAGACCCAAGAGGAGCAGCCUGAAGAGUCGCUCAGAGGUGGACCUUCAGAGGACCUUCACAUUCCGCAACUCUAAGCAGACGUACACCGGCAUCCCCAUCAUCGCUGCCAACAUGGACACCACAGGGACGUUUGAGAUGGCACAGGUCCUCAGCAAACACACCCUCUUCACAGCCAUUCAUAAGCACUACUCUGUGGAGGACUGGAAAAACUUUGCUGCUAAGAAUCCCGAUUGUAUAGAGCACGUAGCCGCCAGUUCAGGCAGUGGCGUUGCAGAUCUGGAGAGGCUGUGUGCCAUAUUGGAAGCUGUCCCCGUCAUAAAGUACAUCUGUCUGGAUGUGGCCAACGGCUACUCCGAGUACUUUGUGGAGUUUGUCAAGACGGUCAGAGAAAGGUUCCCUAAGCAUACCAUCAUGGCUGGUAACGUGGUAACAGGGGAGAUGGUGGAGGAACUCAUCCUCUCCGGCGCUGACAUCAUCAAAGUGGGUAUCGGGCCAGGGUCCGUGUGCACCACCAGGAUCAAGACAGGAGUGGGCUACCCCCAACUCAGUGCUGUCAUCGAGUGUGCAGACUCAGCCCAUGGACUCAAAGGACACAUUAUCUCUGACGGCGGCUGCAGUUGCCCGGGAGAUGUGGCUAAGGCCUUUGGUGCAGGGGCUGACUUUGUGAUGAUGGGAGGGAUGCUGGCAGGCCAUGACCAGUGCACCGGAGAGGUCAUCGAGAAAAACGGCAAGAAAGUCAAACUCUUCUACGGCAUGAGCUCUGACACUGCCAUGAAGAAAUAUGUGGGUGGAGUUGCUGAGUAUAGGGCGUCUGAGGGCAGGACAGUGGAGGUUCCCUACAGAGGAGAUGUGAACAACACCAUCCUCGACGUGCUGGGGGGUCUCCGCUCCACCUGCACCUACGUGGGCGCCGCCAAGCUGAAAGAGCUGAGCAGGAGAACCACCUUCAUUCGUGUCACACAACAGUCCAGCCAAAUGUUCACCUCAUAGGGCGUACUCAUGUCCACACUCACAGGUUGCAUAGUAUGCACUGUGUGGGUAUUAUGCAGAGUUUAAACGUCCAAUCGUAGGACAGUGGUGUAACACAUACAGGAGACACAACACACACUCACACCGACACUUCCACAUGAUCACACCAACUUGUUUCUCUCAGGAUAUCUGCCUUCAGAACAUGUGUUUCCUGCAGGUUGUGAUUAAAAUAAACCUAAAGCUUGACAAUAAUUCUCCAAGAUGAAUAAAAGCUCUAUAAUCAACUCAACCCUACAUCGAGUGCGUUUACAUGCUUAGAGAGCCAUGGCAUGCUAUUGAAUGUACACCAUUUAGUUUUCACAUGAGCAUUUCAGAUCUGAUAUUCCAAAAAUACUCUUCUAACUUUAGUAUAUGCAGAAUAAACAAGAAUGUUAGCUAUAUGAAACACGUUGCAUGUAAACACACUCGGCAGGAGGAAGCUGGCCCUCAUGCUAAAAUCAUUUGGGGAAAUUGUUCUGCUGUACUGUUUGAUACAAUGAAUGUGCAAAUGAAUAUGCAAGACCCAGAGAUGUCACCCUUUAACUAUCACUGGAGAAAUCAUGACGCAAUAAACUGCAUGCAGGACCCUUUGCUAUUUUCCUCAGUGGUGUUGAUACAUUUGAAAGAUAUUCCUGAGGAUUGACAACAUAAUAGUGUCUCUCCUCAGUGUCUGUUUGCAUGUAUUUUGGGAGUGUCAGGAAUACUGAGCCAAAUCUUGACAUCUGGGUUUAUGUGUUCCAAUCGUUUGACAUGUUUGAUUUACCCUGCUGUGUGUAUAAAACCGUCUUGUC